AUGUCACCUCAUAAGAAACGACCCAGUGCCUUGGCUCCUGAUUCUGCAGCGAAGAGGCGAAAAAGAGAUGAAGAACCGGUCACAAAGGGUGUAUUUGAAGCACAUCUCGAACAGUUAUCCCAGACAUCUGAAGCAGACAGCAUUUCGUCAACGGGAAGGAGUGAACUGGAAGAUGGUCUGGGCACUGUUACGUCUAUCGCUUUCCAGGUAUUCGAUAUCGAGACAUAUCACGAGCCGGGCUCAGCUACAAGGUUCGAUAGGACAAACGUGAAACUCUACGGUGUUACUCACAAAGGGAACUCGUCACUGAUUAUUUUCCCCAUUUCUAUUUUCAAUUUCCAAGUUCAGGCCCCUGAGCGUUUCGCUGCUGAACACUUGGAUGUUGCUCAGAGGAAUCUGAAUAAUGCAAUAGCAACUUCGAUGCGACGAGCUAACUCAAAUCUUCAGUUAUCUUCUGUUAUUGUUGACAACUUAGUACACCUGAGUAUCGUCAAUGGUGAAAACAUAUACUAUUACCGAGGUUCCGAGAAAAAGUAUCCUUUCAUCAAAGUUUCUGGCACUAUUCUUGCUUUGAACAAGGCAAAGCAAGAGUUGAAAACUGGUGGCAUAUCGUUCGGUUCAGGUCCUGUCGAGGUAGGCACGCUGUUUGAGGCAAACAUAGAUGCUGAAGUAAAAUUUAUGGCUCACAGUGGUAUUGUGGGCUGUGGAUGGGUAGAAAUUCCUGUUGGCAAAGGGAAAAUCGUGAACAAAAAAGUUCAAAGCUCCAGAUGCCAACUAGAAGUGGAAGUGAAACUUCAAGAUUUGGUAGUUCAUGAUCCGGAAGGUGAAUGGGGCAGUGUUGCUCCCAUACGCACUAUGUCGUUCGAUAUAGAAUGUAUGGGACGUCGUGGAAUAUUUCCCAAUGCGAGUGAAGACCCAGUCAUUCAAAUCGCUAACAUGGUGAAGGUGAGCUGUCGUUCCUUUAUAAUUUAUCUUCUAUCCCGUGGUUGGGGAGUCGGAGCCGUUUAUUCGCACUGCUUUGUAUUGGGCACUUGUGAUCCAGUUAUAGUUCGUGAUAUUAUUAAGCCCAAUCCGAACGAAGCGGAGUUAUUGGAAAAGUUAGUUUUGGCGUAA